AUGUUUUCAAGUCGAGACUUCAGCUUAUGGAGCAUUUUGAAACAGUGCAUUGGAAAGGAGCUGUCGAAGAUCACAAUGCCUGUAGUUUUUAACGAACCCCUGAGUUUCUUACAACGACUAACAGAAUACAUGGAAUACUCAUAUUUAUUGGACAGAGCUAGCCAAACUUCUGACCCCAUUGAAAGACUUCAGUAUGUAUCAGCAUUUGCUGUAUCAGCCAUAUCAUCAAAUUGGGAAAGAUUGGGAAAACCUUUCAACCCAUUGCUGGGAGAGACCUACGAACUAGAUAGAAGUGAACUAGGAUUCCGGCUCAUCAGUGAACAAGUCAGUCACCAUCCACCUAUCAGUGCAUUCCAUAUUGAUUCACCAUUAUAUAAAUUUCAUGGUCAGAUCUAUCCAAAAUUAAAAUUCUGGGGAAAAUCUGUGGAUAUUCAUCCUAAAGGUUAUGUCACAUUGGAGUUGAAAAAAUUUAAUGAAGUAUAUACCUGGCAGAAUGUAAAUUGUUGUGUUCAUAAUAUUAUAGUGGGUAAACUCUGGGUAGAACAUUCUGGUCCAAUGGAGAUUAUCAAUCAUCAAACCAAACAUCGAGCUGUACUGAAUUUCAAACAAGGAGGAUGGUUUGGAAAAGAUCUUCAUAAGGUCGAAGGUUACAUUUAUGAUCCUGAUAAAAAGAAGUUAAAAGCCAUCUGGGGUAACUGGCUGAUGGGAUUGUUCUCUGUCAAUGCUGGAACAUAUGAUGCUCAUGUUGCUGCUAUGCCCAGUUCACCUCCACAUACUCCUAAGGUAAAUGGAGCAGGUGGAGAUGCUGAAGAUGCAUCUGAUGAACUGCCCUGUAAAUCUUUUAAUUCCUUUGAUUUAAACAUUCCUGGUCAGAUCACUUUAUGGCAGGCCACACCUAGACCUGAAGACUCAGCCAAGUAUUUUUCAUUUACAUUAUUUGCAAUGACAUUAAAUGAAAUGAUGCCAGAGAUGAACAUCACUCUACCACCCACAGAUUCCAGAAAACGUCCUGAUAUUAGAUAUCUAGAGGAGGGCAAGAUAGAUGAAGCAGCAGAUGCAAAGAACAGACUGGAAGAAAAACAACGACAAGCUAGAAAAGAGAGGAAGAAACAAAAAGGGGAUUGGCAGCCAUUGUGGUUUGAGACUGUGAAGAACCAAUACACUGGAAAAGAAGAGUGGGCAUACAAGGGAGAUUACUGGGAAAGAGACUUUUCUAAAUGUGGUGACAUAUUUUGA